GAAGAUAGUGCAUAAACUUAAUUGUCUUAAACACACCAGAUUAUAAUACAAAAGGAAAUUAUUUAUAUCUUUUAAGAUAUAUCUUAUUAUCUUUUCGAUAUAUUUUAAAUGUAAAUAAUCGACGACGUUAGGAUAAAAGUUUGUGAUAGACCAGACUGGCGGAUGAACAUCUACCAGUAGUGUAUUCGUCGUCAGAUGAGAGACAACAGGUCGGAGUUUUGACGAGUUGGUUGUGUGGAUUCUGUUUUUGUGUUACUGUUGGAUAUUUGUGGUGUUACUUUUUGGUCAUCCUUAUGUGUCUCGUAGAAGGCAACAAUUGAGGAUUUUUCUCUGGUAGACGGGAUGAGACACAGACUUUGGUUUCGUCUGUGUAUCUUGGUCCAGUUGGCCGUCUAUGGUUCUCAAGUAGUGCAAGCCCUCAUAUCAUGUUCUCCAAAUCCGUGCAAGAAUGGAGCUUCUUGUGUGUCAAAUCCAAGGGGAGAGUCAUAUUGCAAUUGUCCACCGAUGUACGUGGGAGAGUAUUGCCAACAUCUAAAUCCCUGUCACACGGGACCGGGACCUAGAUGCCAAAAUGGAGGAACGUGUAACGUUCAAAUGAGUGUGACUAGUGGGCCAGCCUUUUCCUGUUCGUGUCCCGUAGGUUAUUCAGCAUCACUGUGUGAAAUAGCCGUUCCUAACAGCUGCGAUAGUGAUCCUUGCCAAAACGGUGGUACCUGCGCUCUCAUAACCUUGGACAAUUACACCUGUACUUGCGCCGCAGGAUAUAGAGGUCAUCAUUGCCAAUUAGUGGAUCAUUGUGCUUCCCAGCCUUGUCGAAACGGUGCCACCUGCCAUUCCGUUUUAGAUACUUAUCGAUGUACAUGCGCCAAAGGUUAUACGGGAUCUCAAUGUACUAACGACAUUGACGAAUGUCAACAUAAUCCCUGCGUCCAUGGUAAAUGUGUCAAUGCGGUUGGGUCAUACAGGUGUAUCUGUCAAGUUGGAUAUACGGGUCAAAACUGCGAAUCGCUUUACAUUCCUUGCGAUCCUAGUCCUUGCGAAAAUGGAGGAAGUUGUCAACCUAUCGACUCCCUAAAUUAUCAGUGUUCCUGCGCUCCUGGAUUUUCAGGUACAAACUGUGAAAUCAAUAUCGAUGACUGUCCAGGCAAUCUUUGUCAAAAUGGUGCCACAUGUAAUGAUGGUAUAAAUAGUUAUACUUGUCAUUGUCCAUCUACUUAUACAGGGCAGUACUGUAGCAAAGAUGUUGACGAAUGUGCUAUGCGUCCAAAUGUGUGUAAGAACGGCGCGACCUGUACUAACACCGUAGGAGGAUUUUCUUGCAUCUGUGUGAAUGGAUGGACGGGACCAGACUGUAGUGAAAAUAUUGAUGAUUGCGCUGUCGCGGCAUGUUUCAAUGGUGCAACCUGCCAUGAUCGUGUAGGUUCAUUUUAUUGUCAAUGCGCACCAGGAAAAACAGGAUUAUUAUGCCAUUUGGAUGAUGCCUGCGCUAGCAAUCCAUGUCACGAAGGUGCCAUCUGUGAUACGAGUCCUAUAGAUGGUACUUAUAUAUGUUCUUGCCCAGGUGGUUUCAAAGGUGUUGAGUGCACAGUAGAUGUAGACGAAUGUGCUGAAGUUGUUUUGCUAGGAUCACCUUGUGAACAUGGUGGAAGUUGUGUAAAUACUCCUGGAUCGUUUCAAUGUAACUGCACAAAAGGAUUUACAGGACCAAGAUGCGAAAUAAAUAUCAAUGAAUGCGAUUCCAAUCCAUGCCAGAAUGACGGAACUUGUCUUGAUGAAAGAGGAGGAUUUAGAUGUGUCUGUAUGCCAGGUUAUACUGGCACUCAUUGUGAAAUUGACAUAGAUGAAUGUAUGCCAAACCCAUGUCUGAAUGUAGGGAUUUGCACAGAUUUAAUAAAUGGUUUUAAGUGCCUCUGUAAUAUUGGAUUUUCUGGAAAGAAAUGUGAAAUUAAUGAAGAUGACUGUUUGAGUCACCCUUGCCAAAAUCGUGGUACAUGCACUGACGGAAUUGCAAGUUACACAUGUGAUUGUCCUCCCGGUUUUACAGGAAAUAAUUGCGAGAAUAAUAUUAAUGACUGUCAGUCAUCUCCUUGUCAUCAUGGUGAAUGUAUUGAUGGUACUAACUCAUUCACAUGCAACUGCCAUCCAGGUUAUACUGGCUUUCUUUGUCAGACACAAAUCAACGAAUGUAUUAGUAAUCCUUGUCAGCACGGUGGCUUUUGUGAAGAUCUCAUUAAUGGUUAUCAGUGCCGCUGUCUGUCUGGCACUUCUGGUCCAAAUUGUGAAUAUAAUGAAAAUGAAUGUUCUAGUAAUCCGUGUCGUAAUGGUGCCUUGUGCAUUGAUGGAAUAAAUUCUUAUAAUUGUAAAUGCUUAUCUGGAUUCACAGGCAUUCAUUGCGAAACAAACAUUGAUGAUUGUGCAAGUAAUCCAUGCUUUAAUGGAGGAAUUUGUACUGAUCUCAUUGACGGAUUCAGAUGUGAUUGUCCGAGGGGAUACUACGAUGCUCGAUGUUUGUCUGAUGUCAAUGAAUGUGCCAGCAAUCCCUGUCAGAAUGGUGGAACUUGUGAAGAUGAAGUGAACCGUUUCAUAUGUCAUUGUAAAGAAGGUUAUGGAGGACACCGAUGUGAAUUAGAUAUAGAUGAAUGCCAAUCUAAUCCUUGCCAGCAUGGAGGAAGUUGUUUUGAUGCUUUAGCAAGUUACAGUUGCAACUGUGUGCUUGGUUACACAGGAAAAAACUGUGAAACUAAUGUAGAUGAUUGUUCAAGCAAUCCUUGUCUUAAUGAUGGUUCUUGUAUAGAUUUAGUCAAUGCUUACCAGUGUGUCUGUGAAGUGCCAUUUACUGGAAGAAAUUGUGAAGUAGAACUUGAUCCUUGUUCUCCAAAUAAAUGCAGAAAUGGUGCAAAGUGCAUUCCUUCAUCUAACUAUUUAGAUUUUGCAUGUACAUGUGAAUUAGGUUAUACAGGACGACUCUGCGAUGAAGAUAUUGAUGAAUGUGCCAUAUCUUCUCCAUGUCGUAAUGGUGCAACUUGUGUUAAUAUUAAUGGAUCCUACUCAUGUCUCUGUUCCUUAGGUUAUGAAGGCAGAGACUGCCUUAUAAACACCGAUGAUUGUGCAUCUUUUCCCUGCCAAAAUGGAGGUACUUGUUUGGAUGGCAUAGGAGAAUACAAUUGUCUUUGCAUUGAUGGUUUUGGAGGUAAACACUGUGAAACAGAUGUAAAUGAAUGUGCCAGUGAUCCAUGUCAGAAUGGUGCUACAUGUAAUGAUUAUGUGAAUAGUUACACAUGUACAUGCCCAUUAGGAUUUAGUGGUACAAAUUGUCAAACAAACGAUGAAGAUUGCACAUCCAGUUCAUGUAUGAAUGGAGGAACUUGUAUAGAUGGUAUAAACAACUAUACUUGCCAAUGUACUCCUGGUUAUACAGGUUCCAAUUGCCAAUAUCAUAUUAAUGAAUGUGAUUCUCAACCAUGCCAGAAUGGCGCAACUUGUGUGGAUCAUGUUGGGUAUUUUAUUUGUCAUUGUCCAUUUGGAUACAAAGGAUUAAGAUGUGAGACUUUUGUUGAUUGGUGUAGUACAAAUCCAUGCAUGAAUGGUGCAACAUGUAAACAGAUUAAUAAUACUUAUCGGUGCACCUGUAAGCCAGGAUGGACUGGGAUGCUUUGUGAUGUUUCAAUGGUAUCUUGUGUGGAUGCUGCUGCUCAAAAGGGAAUUGAAUUGCAUGAACUUUGUAAAAAUGAAGGCACCUGUGAAAAUAUUGGUAACAGUCAUCACUGUAUUUGUGCUGAUGGCUAUGAAGGCAGUUACUGUCAAAACGAAAUUAAUGAAUGUAUUUCACAACCUUGUCAAAAUGGUGCUAGGUGUAAUGAUUUAAUUGGACAGUACACAUGUGAUUGUCUUCCUGGAUUUCAAGGUUUAAAUUGUGAAUUUAACAUUAAUGACUGUGAUCCCAAUCCGUGUCGAAACGGAGGAACGUGCCAUGAUCUCAUCAACAAAUUCGUAUGCUCUUGUCCACAUGGCACUUUAGGAAUUUUAUGUGAAAUUGAUGUUAAUGACUGUUUUGAGGGUGCCUGCCAUCAUGGAGGAACAUGUCUUGAUAAAGUUGGAAAUUAUGAGUGCAAGUGUCCACCUGGAUUUGUCGGACCUAGAUGCGAAGGUGAUGUAAAUGAAUGUUUAUCCAAUCCAUGUAAUCAUUUUGGAACUCAAGAUUGUGUUCAGUUAAUCAAUGAUUAUCGUUGCGAUUGUAAAAAUGGUUUCAUGGGGAGACACUGUGAGAUAGAAGUAAAUUUCUGUGAAUCAAACCCAUGCUUAAAUGGAGGUGUCUGCAGGAGUAAAUCCAAAAGUCAUUUUUGUAUUUGUGCAGAUGGAUUCUGGGGUGAUAACUGUGGACUUACAAAUACAACUUGUGCUAGUAAUCCUUGUCAAAAUGGUGGCCAGUGUAGACCCAAUAAAUCUGGAUAUGUGUGCACCUGUCCUGUAGGCAUUGGUGGUAAACAUUGUGAGAAAGAUAUUUUAAAUGAAUGUUUAUCAUCCCCAUGCUUAAAUGGAGGAUCAUGCUUUGAUGCUAUAGGAAAAUUUGAAUGUGAAUGCCCACCAACUUGGAAUGGACUUAAAUGCGAAGCAUUUGAUAGUAAUUUCAAAGGAGGACUAGGCAUUUCUAUUCCUAAAACACCUAAACUGCAAUUUCCCACAGAGGACGAUAAGAAGAAAUGUGAGAUAGAACAAUGCAGAAAAAAGGCAGGAAAUCGAGAAUGUAACGAAGAAUGCAAUAAUUAUGCAUGUAGUUUUGAUGCCGGAGACUGUUCGCUAGGAAUCAAUCCUUGGGCAAACUGUUCGGCUGCCAUCAGCUGUUGGGAUGUUUUUAAAAAUGGAAAGUGUGACAUGGAUUGCAAUAAUAUGGACUGUUUAUAUGAUGGAUUUGAUUGCACCCAGCAGUUACUUCCUUGCAAUGAACAGUAUGAUACUUACUGCCUAAAGAAUUAUGGCAAUGGAUAUUGUGAUUUUGGUUGUAAUAAUGAAGAGUGUAAUUGGGAUGGUCUGGACUGUGAACCCGAUCCACCUAUGCUGGCUGAUGGUUCUCUAAAUAUUAUUCUCAUGAUAGAUCCAGAGGUAUUCAGAAAUAACUCUGUUGCAUUUCUUCGAGAAAUUGGUUAUCACUUGAGGACAAAUGUUAGAGUGAAAAAUGACGAAAAUGGUUUUCCCAUGAUAUAUCUUUGGAAACCCACUAAAGAUCAUCAUUAUGGAGCAUCAGUUGGAACUCAGGUCAUGCUUGAAAUUGAUAACAGAAAAUGUCUUAAAAGUAAAAAAGGCGAAUGUUUUCAGACUGCUUCAAAAGCUGCACAGUUUCUGGCCGCUGCCCACACUCGUCGCGAUCUUCGCACCAACUUUGACAUCGAAGAAAUCAGCGGUGACAGUGAUUAUGGAUCCAGUAAAGGAAUUGAUGCAGCAUAUCCCAAUAUGGUUUACAUAGUUAUAGGCAUAAUUGUGAUAGUACUCCUUGGGCUUCUGAUUGGUGUAUUAAUCACAACACAAAGAAAAAGAGCAAGAGGAAUAACUUGGUUUCCCGAAGGAUUUUUCCGAGCAAAUAGCAGUCAAAGACGUAGGUCACGAAGAAGAGGACCAGAUGGACAAGAAAUGAGGAACUUAAAUAAGCAACCAUCAACAAAUCGAGUAGACGUUAACGAUAACACUGCAGUUCCUCCGCCCGAUAAUGGAUUGGCUUGGAACGACGACGAUAUCGACCACCCACCUCUGAAGAAAAUGAAAAGUGAAAAAUCUUCAAAGAUUACUUACAACAAUGAUACCCAUUCUACUUCGGUUUCUGCAGAAUAUGAUAGCGACCCCCGACAGUGGACCCAACAACAUCUUGAUGCUGCGGACGUGAGAAAUCCUGAUAUAGUUGCUCUCACUCCACCGCAGGGAGAAGGCGAUUUAGAAGCAGGAAAUGCUAAUGUCGAUGUUCAAGGACCAGGUGGACUCACUCCAUUGAUGCUCGCAUCAUUUCGAGGAGGCGGUUUGGAUAACGGAGAGGAAGUGGAGGAUGAGGACGGUUCUGUCAGUAUGAUUCAAGAUCUUUUAAUGCAAGGAGCAAAGAUUAAUAUGACAACUGAAAGAACAGGUGAAACAUCGCUUCACCUUGCAGCAAGAUAUGCAAGAGCAGAUGCAGCUAAGCGAUUAUUGGAUGCUGGUGCCGAUGCUAAUGCUCCAGAUAAUACAGGUAGAACUCCAUUGCAUGCAGCCGUAGCAGCCGAUGCUCAAGGAGUGUUUCAAAUAUUAUUAAGGAAUAGAGCUACUAAUCUUAAUGCUCGCAUGCGAGAUGGCACGACUCCUCUUAUUUUGGCAGCUAGAUUAGCUAUCGAGGGAAUGGUUGAAGAUCUCAUCAAUGCAGAGGUUGACAUAAAUGCCGCAGAUGAUCAUGGUAAAACUCCUCUUCAUUGGGCUGCAGCUGUAAACAAUGUUGAUGCUGUGCGUGUAUUAUUGGCACACGGUGCAAAUAGAGAUCCACAGAAUAAUAAAGAAGAGACACCACUGUUUCUGGCAGCUAGAGAAGGAAGUUAUCAUGCAGCAAAAAUUCUCCUGGAGCAUUUUGCCAACAGGGAAAUUACUGAUCACAUGGAUCGACUGCCAAGAGACGUCGCUUUAGAACGAAUGCAUCAUGACAUCGUUCGACUCCUGGACGACUAUGUUUUGCCGAGUCCACAAAUCACCAUGGUUCCCAAUGGUCCGAUGGGGGCGACUUCACCAACCGUAUCCGUCUCUGGCUCGACUAAGUCAAAGACCAAAAAGCGAGCUAAAAUAAAUAAUAUGAAUGCCUUGGCAAGAGAUAAUAACGAGCCAGUAUCGCCAGUCAACGAAAAUGCAAUGAGGAGAAAGGCAUCGGUAAAGAAGCGUAAGGAACCCAUUUCCAUGACUGGAUUGGAUGGCUCCAUGAGUCUCUCACCUGUGAAUUCAUUAGAAUCGCCACAUGCUACUGUUUGCAUAGAUUCUGGUUCUCCUACAAUUGACAACAGUUUAUAUAAUGGACACUCUCUCACUCACAUCAAUUUAGACAAUUGCACGACUCAUCUACUGUCAAUCAAGCAGCCUCCAGCUUAUGAGGACUGCGUGAAAAACGUGCCACAAGUCUACAGAGCGUUGGGAGGAAUGGAAAUGACUGGACAGUUGUAUAUAAAAAGUGGAGGAUUAAUGGUUCCUCUUCAAACUACUCAAUCCAUCAAACCGCAACCUAGACAAAUACCUAAUAGUAUGGGAUCGGCACACAUUCCAAAUUCAUUGCCAUACACAGUGUCGACUCCCAUCAAGCAAUGUCCCGCACUCCCCACAUCACCGACUCACAUGGCAGCCAUGAGAGCCGCGCACCAGCAGAAAACAAACCAGUUGCAGCACAGUGCCAAUAUUCCCACCUCCUACGACUAUCAAAAUGCAAACGCUGAUCUUCAGCACAUCGUGGGAGUGGCGGGAAUGAAAACCAGCGUGCCUUCGAUGACCCCCAACAACCAGCAAGUUGUGUAUUCCCAUCCCUACCACUAUCCCACUCCACCUUCACAACACAGUCAGAGCGGAUCAGAAUCCACGCCACAACACUAUCUCCACCCUCCGGAAACCUAUCUCACGCCCUCGCCAGAGUCUCCGGGGCAGUGGUCGAGUUCCUCUCCCCACUCGGCGCAGUCCGAUUGGUCCGAGGGCAUCUCGAGCCCCAUCGGUCCCUCGAACCUGCAGAUGGCACCGCCGGCAGAUCCCGGCCAGUCCCAGAUGCACCAGCAUCAGCAGUCGACGCCGUCUUCACAAUCACAGCAGUCGUCUCAGAACAACCAAAGUCAAGCGGAAGCAGUAUUUAUUUUUAAAACAGGAAUUGAAUUGCAUGAACUUUGUAAAAAUGAAGGCACCUGUGAAAAUAUUGGUAACAGUCAUCACUGUAUUUGUGCUGAUGGCUAUGAAGGCAGUUACUGUCAAAACGAAAUUAAUGAAUGUAUUUCACAACCUUGUCAAAAUGGUGCUAGGUGUAAUGAUUUAAUUGGACAGUACACAUGUGAUUGUCUUCCUGGAUUUCAAGGUUUAAAUUGUGAAUUUAACAUUAAUGACUGUGAUCCCAAUCCGUGUCGAAACGGAGGAACGUGCCAUGAUCUCAUCAACAAAUUCGUAUGCUCUUGUCCACAUGGCACUUUAGGAAUUUUAUGUGAAAUUGAUGUUAAUGACUGUUUUGAGGGUGCCUGCCAUCAUGGAGGAACAUGUCUUGAUAAAGUUGGAAAUUAUGAGUGCAAGUGUCCACCUGGAUUUGUCGGACCUAGAUGCGAAGGUGAUGUAAAUGAAUGUUUAUCCAAUCCAUGUAAUCAUUUUGGAACUCAAGAUUGUGUUCAGUUAAUCAAUGAUUAUCGUUGCGAUUGUAAAAAUGGUUUCAUGGGGAGACACUGUGAGAUAGAAGUAAAUUUCUGUGAAUCAAACCCAUGCUUAAAUGGAGGUGUCUGCAGGAGUAAAUCCAAAAGUCAUUUUUGUAUUUGUGCAGAUGGAUUCUGGGGUGAUAACUGUGGACUUACAAAUACAACUUGUGCUAGUAAUCCUUGUCAAAAUGGUGGCCAGUGUAGACCCAAUAAAUCUGGAUAUGUGUGCACCUGUCCUGUAGGCAUUGGUGGUAAACAUUGUGAGAAAGAUAUUUUAAAUGAAUGUUUAUCAUCCCCAUGCUUAAAUGGAGGAUCAUGCUUUGAUGCUAUAGGAAAAUUUGAAUGUGAAUGCCCACCAACUUGGAAUGGACUUAAAUGCGAAGCAUUUGAUAGUAAUUUCAAAGGAGGACUAGGCAUUUCUAUUCCUAAAACACCUAAACUGCAAUUUCCCACAGAGGACGAUAAGAAGAAAUGUGAGAUAGAACAAUGCAGAAAAAAGGCAGGAAAUCGAGAAUGUAACGAAGAAUGCAAUAAUUAUGCAUGUAGUUUUGAUGCCGGAGACUGUUCGCUAGGAAUCAAUCCUUGGGCAAACUGUUCGGCUGCCAUCAGCUGUUGGGAUGUUUUUAAAAAUGGAAAGUGUGACAUGGAUUGCAAUAAUAUGGACUGUUUAUAUGAUGGAUUUGAUUGCACCCAGCAGUUACUUCCUUGCAAUGAACAGUAUGAUACUUACUGCCUAAAGAAUUAUGGCAAUGGAUAUUGUGAUUUUGGUUGUAAUAAUGAAGAGUGUAAUUGGGAUGGUCUGGACUGUGAACCCGAUCCACCUAUGCUGGCUGAUGGUUCUCUAAAUAUUAUUCUCAUGAUAGAUCCAGAGGUAUUCAGAAAUAACUCUGUUGCAUUUCUUCGAGAAAUUGGUUAUCACUUGAGGACAAAUGUUAGAGUGAAAAAUGACGAAAAUGGUUUUCCCAUGAUAUAUCUUUGGAAACCCACUAAAGAUCAUCAUUAUGGAGCAUCAGUUGGAACUCAGGUCAUGCUUGAAAUUGAUAACAGAAAAUGUCUUAAAAGUAAAAAAGGCGAAUGUUUUCAGACUGCUUCAAAAGCUGCACAGUUUCUGGCCGCUGCCCACACUCGUCGCGAUCUUCGCACGAACUUUGACAUCGAAGAAAUCAGCGGUGACAGUGAUUAUGGAUCCAGUAAAGGAAUUGAUGCAGCAUAUCCCAAUAUGGUUUACAUAGUUAUAGGCAUAAUUGUGAUAGUACUCCUUGGGCUUCUGAUUGGUGUAUUAAUCACAACACAAAGAAAAAGAGCAAGAGGAAUAACUUGGUUUCCCGAAGGAUUUUUCCGAGCAAAUAGCAGUCAAAGACGUAGGUCACGAAGAAGAGGACCAGAUGGACAAGAAAUGAGGAACUUAAAUAAGCAACCAUCAACAAAUCGAGUAGACGUUAACGAUAACACUGCAGUUCCUCCGCCCGAUAAUGGAUUGGCUUGGAACGACGACGAUAUCGACCACCCACCUCUGAAGAAAAUGAAAAGUGAAAAAUCUUCAAAGAUUACUUACAACAAUGAUACCCAUUCUACUUCGGUUUCUGCAGAAUAUGAUAGCGACCCCCGACAGUGGACCCAACAACAUCUUGAUGCUGCGGACGUGAGAAAUCCUGAUAUAGUUGCUCUCACUCCACCGCAGGGAGAAGGCGAUUUAGAAGCAGGAAAUGCUAAUGUUGAUGUUCAAGGACCAGGUGGACUCACUCCAUUGAUGCUCGCAUCAUUUCGAGGAGGCGGUUUGGAUAACGGAGAGGAAGUGGAGGAUGAGGACGGUUCUGUCAGUAUGAUUCAAGAUCUUUUAAUGCAAGGAGCAAAGAUUAAUAUGACAACUGAAAGAACAGGUGAAACAUCGCUUCACCUUGCAGCAAGAUAUGCAAGAGCAGAUGCAGCUAAGCGAUUAUUGGAUGCUGGUGCCGAUGCUAAUGCUCCAGAUAAUACAGGUAGAACUCCAUUGCAUGCAGCCGUAGCAGCCGAUGCUCAAGGAGUGUUUCAAAUAUUAUUAAGGAAUAGAGCUACUAAUCUUAAUGCUCGCAUGCGAGAUGGCACGACUCCUCUUAUUUUGGCAGCUAGAUUAGCUAUCGAGGGAAUGGUUGAAGAUCUCAUCAAUGCAGAGGUUGACAUAAAUGCCGCAGAUGAUCAUGGUAAAACUCCUCUUCAUUGGGCUGCAGCUGUAAACAAUGUUGAUGCUGUGCGUGUAUUAUUGGCACACGGUGCAAAUAGAGAUCCACAGAAUAAUAAAGAAGAGACACCACUGUUUCUGGCAGCUAGAGAAGGAAGUUAUCAUGCAGCAAAAAUUCUCCUGGAGCAUUUUGCCAACAGGGAAAUUACUGAUCACAUGGAUCGACUGCCAAGAGACGUCGCUUUAGAACGAAUGCAUCAUGACAUCGUUCGACUCCUGGACGACUAUGUUUUGCCGAGUCCACAAAUCACCAUGGUUCCCAAUGGUCCGAUGGGGGCGACUUCACCAACCGUAUCCGUCUCUGGCUCGACUAAGUCAAAGACCAAAAAGCGAGCUAAAAUAAAUAAUAUGAAUGCCUUGGCAAGAGAUAAUAACGAGCCAGUAUCGCCAGUCAACGAAAAUGCAAUGAGGAGAAAGGCAUCGGUAAAGAAGCGUAAGGAACCCAUUUCCAUGACUGGAUUGGAUGGCUCCAUGAGUCUCUCACCUGUGAAUUCAUUAGAAUCGCCACAUGCUACUGUUUGCAUAGAUUCUGGUUCUCCUACAAUUGACAACAGUUUAUAUAAUGGACACUCUCUCACUCACAUCAAUUUAGACAAUUGCACGACUCAUCUACUGUCAAUCAAGCAGCCUCCAGCUUAUGAGGACUGCGUGAAAAACGUGCCACAAGUCUACAGAGCGUUGGGAGGAAUGGAAAUGACUGGACAGUUGUAUAUAAAAAGUGGAGGAUUAAUGGUUCCUCUUCAAACUACUCAAUCCAUCAAACCGCAACCUAGACAAAUACCUAAUAGUAUGGGAUCGGCACACAUUCCAAAUUCAUUGCCAUACACAGUGUCGACUCCCAUCAAGCAAUGUCCCGCACUCCCCACAUCACCGACUCACAUGGCAGCCAUGAGAGCCGCGCACCAGCAGAAAACAAACCAGUUGCAGCACAGUGCCAAUAUUCCCACCUCCUACGACUAUCAAAAUGCAAACGCUGAUCUUCAGCACAUCGUGGGAGUGGCGGGAAUGAAAACCAGCGUGCCUUCGAUGACCCCCAACAACCAGCAAGUUGUGUAUUCCCAUCCCUACCACUAUCCCACUCCACCUUCACAACACAGUCAGAGCGGAUCAGAAUCCACGCCACAACACUAUCUCCACCCUCCGGAAACCUAUCUCACGCCCUCGCCAGAGUCUCCGGGGCAGUGGUCGAGUUCCUCUCCCCACUCGGCGCAGUCCGAUUGGUCCGAGGGCAUCUCGAGCCCCAUCGGUCCCUCGAACCUGCAGAUGGCACCGCCGGCAGAUCCCGGCCAGUCCCAGAUGCACCAGCAUCAGCAGUCGACGCCGUCUUCACAAUCACAGCAGUCGUCUCAGAACAACCAAAGUCAAGCGGAAGCAGUAUUUAUUUGAAAGUGCAUUCGGAGAUAAUUUUCAGUGCCUUAAACAUUGUAAAAGACUCGACUCUCGUUUCAUCCGACAAACCGAAGCACCCCUCGAGAGUCUUCCAGUGUCACUAAAGCAUUAUUCGAAGAAACAAUUUAUUUAUUUGAUUCAUCUAACGAACAACUAGUGGCAAUCUCCAAAACAUUCUCAUUGUUUUCAUGUAAAUUCAUCUUCAUCGUUUUUUUAAUUUUAGAUUUCAUAAGAACGAAGACUAUUUGGAUGCCAACGGUUUUCAAACACCGAAAACCAAGAAUCGGUCAGUGCAUUUUAUUUUUUCUAAUACCAUUUCGUGCCAGUUUUUAGAUCUGUCGAAGACAGCCAUUUUGAAAUUCGAGAGAGAGACGGGUGAUGCCAAAUUUUACGCAUCUGCACAGAGUUCCGCAAACAACGAUGCCUUUUUGUAAGUUUAGUGUACAAAGCCAUACCAGAAAAGUGUAAAAAGGAUAGAUCUGCUAAAUGUAAAUAUUAUAUAUAUAUAUAUUUUUUUUUUAUAUCUACUUAGUUGUUAGGACCAACUGGUGUUAAUUAAAUGAGAAAACAAGUAGUUACUCUGCAAAUCCCUCAACUGUUUCGAAGACAUUCCGAAAAAUUUCGGGACCAUUCUAUUGUUACAAAUUUUUAAUGUUAGUUGCUCAGUUUAUAUUUUAUUAUUUUUUCGCCAAAUUUAUUUAAGGUUUUACUCAAUUUUUAACAAUGCGGCGGCAGCUAUGUUAUUCUACAUACAUUUUAGAAAACAAACUCGUCACGCGCAGUUAACAACGUAGGGAAUUUUAUAUUGAAAUUUUACACAGAAAUAUAUUUUUGUAUAAAGUAGACACUGUUAAAUUGUAUCACACCAGUUUUGAACAUAAAAAUACAUUUCAUAUUGUAAUAUUUUUCUACCUAUAUAUAAGAAAAUAAAGGU